CCCCUCCACUUUAACUGGUGGGCAUCGAGUGGACAUCGGCAAAACUGAACCCAAAGCUCCGACCAUCGCAUACAAAAUUUCUAGAGCUUCAAUAUCCAAGCCUCCAAAUCUCAAACCAGCGCCCCGCGCAUCCCAACGCAAUCCACUCAUGAUGAUAUGCCACCGCUGUCUCGCGCGCGCCUCGGCGCUCAGCUCACGCAUAUCGAACACUCUGCGCUCCUCCACCGCCAUACGCACAAUAUCCAGCACCCACGCACAACGGUCACCCCCCGCGGCCCCAUCACCAUCACCGUCACCAUCCGCCCCCGCAUCCGCGCCCGGUAGCGAAUCGCCCACCUUCAGCACGCCUCUGUCCGAUACCGCAGCGGGCGGCGAGGAGAAGCCCGCGCUGUCGUCGUGUCCGGAGGGCACCAUUCUGACGGGGCUCAACUACUUCAAGAACCGGACGGACCCCGUGGCCUUGGCUGACGAUGCGUACCCGUCGUGGCUGUGGACGUGCAUAGAGACGGAGCAGAAGGAAGAAGAGGCUGGCGAGGAUGAAGGCGACGAAUUCUCAAAAUCUAAAAAGCAGCGUCGUCUAGCAGCGAAGCGGCAACGCGCGCUCGAGGCCAAGAUCCUCGCCGAGGGCAACCUCGAGGCCCUAGCGCCCAAGAUCCCGCUGCAGUACCAGAGCAUCAACCUGCCGGGCAACGAGGACGGCACGCCGGAGGGCGCGCUCGCCGCGAAGGAGGCCCGCGAGGCGCUGACCAAGGCCAUGCGCAAGGAGAGGAAGAAGACCAUCAAGGAGACCAACUACCUGAAGGGCAUGUAGUCUACCACGACAGUAAUGAAAUUUCGGUGAUGAUAAUGGGAUAUCUACGGCGGAUGAUCUGUUGUGUAAAACACACGGGGAGAAAUCAUGGCCUUGCGUAAGGGGCGAGGCUGAGCAUAGCUCUACUCCCCGAGAUGUACUAUACGCGAGUAGACCUGUAUACAAACAUAAAUCACACAUAUAUGUCAAAGAA